AUGGCGCGCGAGAAGAACAAGUCGUCGCCGGUGAAGCUCGCACUCAACGACGACCGAGGCGAAAAGGCAGCACGGCUACACUCGCGACAAGCCCUCCAGGAAAUCCAUAUGAACGAAAUACGCGCGGCGGCGAGCCCGGUGCGAAAAAUGCAUCCGCAUCAUCGGCGAAGAUCGACGAAUAUGACGAGUAGGAGCAGCGCCGCAGGUAAUGAGUCAGAAUCAUCGCCACGGACACCGCGGACAUCGUCGGUCACAACAGGACAAGGUCACAAGAGACUACAAUCACAAUCACAGCGCAACAAUAUGGGAGGAGGACGGGACAGCGACAUCGUGCCCGGAAGUACAGUACGGCCGAAAUGCGUGCCAAUCCUGGCCAAUUUUGAAGAGUGGAUGAAGAUGGCCACGGACAACAAGAUCAACGCGGCGAAUUCGUGGAAUUUCGCGCUCAUCGAUUACUUCCACGAUAUGAGUCUGUUGAAGGAGGGCGAUGGGGUCAAUUUCCAAAAGGCCAGCUGUACGCUCGACGGCUGUGUCAAGAUCUACACUAGUCGAGUUGACAGUGUCGCUACGGAGACGGGCAGGUUGCUUAGCGGUCUAGCGGACGGCGCGGACGGCAAAAAGAAGAGGAACAAAGAUGGUGACGGAGAGGAAGAUGAAGAGGGCGAUGAGGAUGGUGAAGAAGGUGAAGGAGAAGAUGGCGAAGGGAGAAAAAAGACCAAGAAAAAGCCCGCUAGGAGCCAUGAGGCGACUCUGGCGCCUAGCUUUGCUUCGUUCCAAGGCAAAAAACUCGAACUUGAAUUUGCGGUCGAUCCGCUGUUUAAGAAGGCUUCGGCGGAUUUUGACGAGGGCGGCGCUAAGGGCCUGUUACUCAACCACUUGUCCAUCGAUUCGGAUGGCCGCAUUGUCUUUGAUAGCAGCGAUGAUGCGGGCAACGCGGCACUUUCGGGAGAUAAAUCGGAUCACCAUGGACAAGAACACGGCGAUGAAAAUACGGAACAACUCGAAGACGCGGCUAUUAAAGCAGCCGCCGGCGCGGAAAUUGAAGAAGAACCUGGCCAGGUGGGAACUGCUGAUCAGGAUGAAGGAGAUAUUGACCUCGGCGCCCUCGCUGCAAAGUUCUUUCCAGACCUCAGUGUUUUGGAUUCCCAGGAUAUUUGUCCGUCGAUGAAGACAUUUACUCUCGGCGACCCGUCGGGAGACCUGAGCAUUCCUUUCCUCAAAGCCCCUGACGACUGGCGUGGUGACAAGAAAGCGGCGGCAGCAACACCUCAGCAUGCUGCGAUCGGCUCCAACCUCAAUCUGUGCGAUCAGACGGGGAUCUUCCUCGACGGAAGCAAUGCUAUGGGCUUCGAUGACGAUGAUGAUGACGACGACGGUGGUCUGCUUGGAGGGUUUGAUGUCGCCGACAACGUUGGGUUCGGCGAAGGCGGUGAAGCGUGGGCCAAGGAUGCCGCCAUCGAGGCUCAGACCCGACUUGCUCGGGCUGACGGUGUUGAUGUCGACGACAAUCUGAUUGAAGGAGACAACAUUGCUGGUGGAUAUGCUUUGUCACUACAGCAUAGAUACCAGGAAGACGCGGAGCAUGAAUCGAUCAUGGCGUAUUUCGACAAAGCGUUCAACUCGCGGGCCAAGGGCAAAACGGCGUUCAUGACAUUAGAGAACUGGCGGAUGCAGAAGAUCCAGAAAGCCCAACAGGGUGAAACGAGCGCCCCCACAAGACAGAGGAAGGAAAAGGAACCGUUUGAGAUUGACUUCCUUGGACCCAUGUCGGAAUCCUUGAAGGAGUUGCUCGAGGCGCCUGCGGUUCUCAACUCGCAAAUCAGCCUCCCUAAAGCGCAGUGGAGAACAAAGGGGCGCAAUCUGCUCGACAAGGACGACGAGGUUGUCGAUCCCAGAAAACUCAUGCGAUUGUGGACGAAACCAAAGUGUCGAGUUGGUCGGAGACGUCAAGGCGGCAUGGGUAUCAUCGACGAAGGGUUUGGUGCGCGGAACCGGUUCGGCGCAAUGCCCAAUGCCAACAACAACGGUGGUGAUGGUUAUGAUGAAGACGACACCGACGCCGACGGAAGGCAGGGCGACUAUGAUGCCAACUUUUUCGCGGAUGACGAUCAGAUGCCUUUCUUUGAUGGACCCUUGCCCAUUGACGAUGACGAAGAUGAUGGUCUGGGCGAGGAAGGCGGUGUUGAUGACAAUGCCCAGCCGUUCAUGGAUGCGAGAGAGAUGCUGAGUCCACAGCCCGAAGGUCAGCAGCCUAAUAAUCUACUUGAGGGUCUUGACGGAGAUGGAGGCGACGGUGGUGUCUUUGGCGAUGGCGGCGUCGAUGGGUCCCAACAGCAGCAGCAGCGGGACGGAGCCCAGAUAACUGACGGGCAAAUGCCGCCGCAGCAAACACAGAAUGACCAUCUCCUUCCCGGCAGUUUCGGCAGCCAGCUAGUCACCCAGGCCGGCCGACGGUUGAGACCAGAGUAUGUCAAUUACGCCAGGACCGCGAAGAAGGUCGAUGUCCGCCGACUCAAAGAGAACAUGUGGAAGGGCAUGAGUCGGAAGUUGGAGAGCAUCAAUGUUUUUACGCGGCCGGAAACGUCCACUGUGGUUCACCAAGAUAACAAUGGAGAUGAUGUUGAUAUGAUGGACGUCGAUGGCGAUGGCCAAGCCGAAGAAGCAGCAGCAGCGGCGGCAGCACAGAAACAAGAGGACAACGUUGGUGGUCUUGACCGUGAUCUUCAAGCCCUCACGUUCACCGAUGUCAUCCACGACUUGAGAUCCGUAUACCCGGAACCACAGAUGAAGGAUAUCAGUACAUCCUACUGCUUCAUCUGUCUCCUGCAUCUGGCCAACGAAAAGGGCCUCGUGCUGCAAGGCGAGCUUGAUGGUGACAAGGCCAUGCAGGACAUUCGGGUGUGGAAGGAUCCUAGUGUCGGCGAAGAGUAUGAGGGUGAAUGA